AUGAGGCAUCUAACCCAGACCUGCAAGGAAGAAGCAUCAUCUACACUGAGACCUUAUGAAGGGACAAGAAUUACCCAGCCCAGCCCCGGCCCGUGGGGCGAGGAGCACCCGGCGGACAGGAGCCUCCGGGGCUGGGAGAGGGCGGGCGACCGCAGCGACCCUCCCGCCGCGGACGAGGCACGGCGGCCCGACCCGGAGGCCGAGGCGCCCCCGGCGCGGGGCGGCGAGGCCGCCCAGAGCGGCGGGGCCGAGGCGGUGAUCGUCUCCAGGUCGGAUCCCAGAGACGAGAAACUGGCCCUGUACCUGGCGGAGGUGGAGAGGCAGGACAAGUACCUGCGACAGAGGAAUAAGUACCGUUUUCACAUCAUUCCCGACGGCAACUGCCUCUACCGGGCGGUCAGCAAGACGGUGUACGGGGACCAGAGCCUGCACCGAGAGCUGAGGGAACAGACGGUGCAUUACAUCGCCGAUCAUCUUGACCACUUUAGCCCCCUGAUUGAGGGCGACGUGGGGGAGUUCAUCAUCGCUGCUGCUCAAGACGGGGCGUGGGCCGGGUACCCGGAGCUGCUGGCCAUGGGGCAGAUGCUGAAUGUGAAUAUACAUUUAACUACUGGAGGGAGGUUGGAGAGCCCCACGGUGUCUACCAUGAUUCACUAUUUGGGCCCAGAGGAUUCCCUAAGGCCUAGUAUUUGGCUCAGUUGGCUCAGUAAUGGACAUUAUGAUGCGGUGUUCGAUCACUCCUAUCCUAACCCAGAGUAUGACAGUUGGUGCAAACAGACUCAAGUGCAGAGAAAACGCGAUGAGGAACUUGCCAAAUCCAUGGCCAUAUCCCUGUCCAAAAUGUAUAUUGAACAAAAUGCAUGCUCUUGA